UUAUGUUUACUCGAUUCACAUGUGCUUCCCCAUAUAACUGAAUCCAAAGUGUAUAUACAUAUACUGAUAUACAUACAUAUAUAUAUAUAUGUUCUUUCUUGUUAUUGUUUCUGCUUCGUCUUCAAGAUCUUGAAAUAAUUUUCUCGAGAAAGUGACAACAGCCCACGAGAGAAAAGAGAAAAAAGCUUAAAAUCCUGUCCCAAAGGAAUCCAAAUCCAUCGGAACAGUUGACGCUCUGCACUAUUAAGAUACGUUGUACGAAGUGUUCUUCUCCAUCCACCACACACAAAAAAAAAUAUCCCCGUUCCUUUCCUCCAUGGAUUCCAGCACCCAUCAGCACGACGUCUACGACCCGAAUCAGAUCGCAACCGGGUCGGGUCUUCUCCGGUUUCGAUCCGCCCCGAGCCCGCUUCUAGCCGCCUUCAUCGAUGAUGAAAAAGGUGGGUUUGAUUCCGACAGGUUAAUCUCCAGUCUCGUCAGCUCUAAUGGCGGAAACUCUGAUCUGGGUUGUCCGGACCUGACUGAGUUUGAGUUAGAUAAGUCUCCGGUCUCGGCGGAGGAUGCAGCCACUCCUCCUCCGCCGCCGCCGAGCUAUUCUGCCCUGCCGCCGCAUGGAUCGUAUCAGUUUCUGGGUACGAAUCAUCAUCACCACACGAAACCUGUUGAAUCCAAUCUUGUCCGACAAAGCAGCUCUCCCGCCGGGAUUUUCACGAAUCUCUCCGUCCAAAACGGCUAUGGUUCGUUCAGGAGUUUGUUGAACUACGGCACUGAGGAAGAACAAGAUCCAUCUCCAAACGGAUUGAAGCGCCACUGCAGCGUCUCAUCCCGACAACCUUCUUCUCUCGGGAUGCUCUCUCGGAUAUCUGAAACCGAGACUGAGACCAUCGUCUCGGAUUUCCAACAAUACGGUCACUGGAACGAUCCGUCAAGCUCGAUGCAGAACUUCUCCUCCAUGAAAAGAGAAUCCGAUGACGAGGGGAAGUGGUUCUCGGGAGGUCAGAACGGCGAGAUGGACAAUCGGAUUCAAUUGUUGCCAUCGCGCCACCUCAGCCUGCCAAAGGCUUCGGGUUCGGACAUGGUCUUGGGGGACAAGUAUCAUCAGUUACAAGACUCUGUUCCGUGGAACAUAAGAGCCAAACGAGGUUGCGCCACACAUCCUCGAAGCAUCGCUGAAAGGGUGAGAAGAACGCGGAUAAGUGAACGUAUGAGGAAAUUACAGGACCUUGUUCCUAAUAUGGAUAAGCAAACGAACACGGCAGACAUGUUGGAUUUGGCUGUAGAAUACAUCAAAGAUCUUCAAAGACAAUUCAAGAUUUUGAGCGAAAACCGCGUGAACUGCAAGUGUUUUAACACGGAAGAGAAGACGACGUAGGAAAAAAAAAACCAAGUAACCAGCUCCUGCAUUGUACAUAGGACUCUAAAGAAAGCAGAGUAAUAAGCAUAAAAAGAAAUGGUCUUGGAGAAGAAAUUCAAUGGCUUUCGAGCUUGAAAACAGGGCUAUGCCUUCAACAAGUCCUCGGAAUAAAAGAUCGUAUGAAUUUUUUUAAAAAAAAGAAUAAUUAUAUUUGAACAAAUAAACAUGUUUGUUCUACAUAGAAUUUUUCCAGCCCACAUGGUCCUGUAAAUAAAUUAGAUCUCAUAUCUCACCAAUGGAACAAUGCAUAUAAAAAAACAAUUAAGCUCUA